AUGAAAGGACUGAUUGAAAAUAAAAAUUGGUCUGCUCAAGAAAAUGAAACUAUCCAAUCUAUUUUAAUUUAAUUGAUGUUUGAUGAAGAAAAAAAGGGAAUUUUACAACAACAAAUACAAAAGAUGAAAAGUGCAGAGAAAGUCAUAACAUAUCUUCUGGGAUGCAAUCAGAAUUGGGAAAUAUUAUAAUCAUCUAUUCAGAAGGAGACUUCCAAUUAUGAAGAGUUGGAAUAAUAAAAGUUAAUAAAUUAGAUAUCAUUGAAUCAGUUGACCAACAUCAAAAUAUAAAUUCAAUAAAAAAUCAAGUCUCCUUAGUAAACAAAUAGAUUAAUCUAAUAUAUCCAAUAAAAAAAUUUCAGUUAAGAAGUUAUCAAUAAUGCCUUAAGUUAAGAUUUUAAAUCUAUUCAAGAAUUUUAGUCAAUUAUAUAUAAGAUAGAUCCGAAACAAAAGAAUAUCGAAUAAUGUUUCAUCAAUUAAAAUAAUUAAACCCUUAAUAGAAAUAACCCAGAAUGGUAUGAUUAAAUUUAAGAACUUUUAAAAGAAUUUCAAUCCUUAAAUAAGAGAUUAAAUAAAUAAAAUUUUGAUUUACUUUAGGAAAUAUACAAUUCUAUUAAAAAAUAUCCAAUAACAUACUCAAAAAAUGAUGAUUUUUCUAAAUCUCCUAAUUUGCAAUUAGGAGAUUUGCUACUUUUAUGUGCCAGAGUAUAUGAGCAUUUCUCCUUCUAUCCAAGACCAGUUCAGCUGUUAUCAGUUUUAGAAUUAUAUAAUCAUAAUGAAGAUAAGGGAAGGUUAGCUUAGAUAUAUACUGGAGAAGGUAAGUCUUUAAUAAUAGCUAUGCUUGCUAUAUUAUUAUGUAAAAAGAAAAAUUAAAAUGUGGAUAUUGUAACUAGUUCUCCUGUCUUGGCUAUUAGAGAUUCUUAAGAAUUGGCGAAGUUUUAUGAAUUAUUCAAAGUAUCAGUAACUCAUAACAUACAUAAAUCAAUUGAAUAGAAUGAAAGAAGGGUUUCUUGUUAUACUUUCUAAGUAAUUUAUGGAGAUCCCCAUAGCUUUUAAGGUGAUAUAUUAAGUCAUGAAUAUUCAGAAUCUGGAAUUAUGUUAGAAAGGAAAUAAGAAUACAUUAUAGUUGAUGAAGUUGAUUCUAUGCUUAUUGACGGGAAUAGUAAUAAGACAAUAUUAAGUUCCUCUAAUCCAGGAAUGCUCGAUUUAACAAAAGUUUUGGGACUAAUUUGGGAUGAAAUUUGUAAAGUAGAGAAACAACUUUCAACUGAUAUGAAGGUUAUGAUGAUCGUUGGAUAGGAUUAUUAUAGUGUUGAUCUGUAAGAAUAUCUAGAAAAUACCUUAAACAUUUAAAUACAGGAUGUUUUAAAAAACUAUCUACCGAGAUUUCGAUUGAAUUAUAUCAAUUUUAUGAAAAAGAUUUGGAUUGAAAAUGCUAUAGAGGCUAAAUUUCAUUUACAUGAAAAGAAACAUUACCUUAUUGACAAUUAAAUUCGAAUUAUUGAUUACUAAAAUACAGGUGUAGUUCAUAAGGUUGAUAUGUAAUGGUAGAAAGGGUUACAUUAAUUUCUUUAAUUGAAGCACAAUCUUCCUAUUACUCCAUUAAGAAUUAGUACAAACUUUAUGUCUAAUGUUGGAUUCUUCAAGAGGUACAAUAAUAAACUCUUAGGCCUUACAGGCACAUUAGGUUCACAAGUUACUUAGGAUUUGCUAGCUAAAUAGUACAAUCUUGACUUUGCUUUCAUGCCUCCUUAUAAGAAAAGGCUAUUAAAAGAGGAAACUGGUAUUGCAACUCUGACUAAGGAUGAAUGGUUUCAAGAGAUAUUAAAAGCAGUUGAAUUGUAGAUGAGAAAAGGGAGAGCUGUAUUAAUUAUCAAUCAAACUAUCGAUGAUGUAAAUAAAAUUGAGGAUUAUUUAAAAAAACAAAAGAUAAACUCAAUCACUUAUAUUGAUGAUAAUUAAGAAUUAAAAAAGGAAAUUGGUCCUUAAACAAUUAUUAUUGCUACAAACUUGGCUGGAAGAGGAACAGAUUUAACUACUAAUGAAGAAUUAGAAAAGAAUGGUGGUCUUCAUGUUAUCAUGUCCUUUUUACCUCGAAAUAUCAGAAUCUAACUUUAAGGAUUUGGUAGAACUGCAAGACAAGGUAAAUAAGGUACAGCCUAACUUAUUGUACAUUUCUCCUCAAAUCUAUAUGUUGGAUAGAUAAAAGAAAUUAAAAUUGUUUCUGAUGCAAUAAGUUAUUAUCAACAAUAUAAUUAGACAAUCAAUUAUACAUAUAUAGACGUUCUAUUAUUUUUUAGAGAUUUAAAUGAGUAAUAAUAUUCAAAUGAAAUUGAAGAGAGAAUGAAUAAGUUAUUGAAUGAAGAUAAAUGCUUUUAAAAGUUUUGUCAGAUUGCUAAAAAGUAAGUAUGUAUAAAAACAGACAAACCUGCUUUUCGAGCCCUAGAAGAAAAAUGGGGGCUAUAUUUGGAAGAACAUUAAGAUGAUGGAUUGGAUGAAGACGAUAUUGAAGAAAAACUAAAUUCGGAUGAAACCUAAAAUCCAAAGUAUUUAGUUUAAUAAGGAAUCGAUAAGGGAAAUAUAAAACUUUUUGAAAAAGCAAUUUAGAUAGCGAUUAACGAUCCUAUUCCUGAAUAUUACAAAGCAUGUUAAUAAAUAAAAAUGGCAAAUUACAAAGAAGGAGCAGAAACAUUUAUAAAAGCCAGACAACUUUUUCAAGAUAAAAUUAAUGAUGACUAAGGCUUUUUAACAGUUGCUAAAUUAAAUAAAUUGUAAGUUUAGUCAUCCUAAUAAAUAUAAUAAAAGCCAGACUUGUAAUAAUCAGAAAGAAAGAUUUCAAAUGAUAAGAAAGUAAUGCCAAAGCUAGAUCUAUAAGGUGAUUCAUAAAACCAGAAUAAAUCAGUCUCUCAAAACAUUUAAAAAAAUGAACAAUUAGAUGCUCUGGAAUAAAAAAUAAAAAAUCAUAAUAAAGUGUACCAGAAAGCAAUAGAUAGUAUUGAUCAAAUCCUAAAUACUUUGUAAACCUAGUUGGCUAGCGAUGAACAUUUUGAAUUAGGUUGGAUACCAGUUAUUAAUGAAAGUAAGGAAAAAAAUGCAGAAUCAGAACAAUACAUUAAAGACUAAUAAGAAGUUGUAGAUGAUGGUCCAUUGCCUAAACUUGGGAGAUUGUAUAAAAUAAAAAAAAAGAAAAGUAUUUUUGACUCAAUUCUGAUGUUUUUUUUAGGAGCAGCCUAAUUAGUUAUUGGUUGUGCUAUGUGUGUAUUUACUUGUGGAGCAGCCUUACCUCUAGCUAGGACUCUGAUUGCAGAAGGAAUUUCAGAUAUGGUUUAUGCAAUCAAAUCAGCAUGGUAAGGAAUUGCUAUUGAUUGGGGAGCUUGGGGAUAAAAUAAAGUUAUUAAAAUUGCAACAACAUUGGGUUUGGCAGGACCAGAUUGUAUUAGGGAAGCUUUGAUAUUUGGAGGCUCUAAGAUGAAAUCAAUUAAGAAAGUUGAAAUGACUGAGUUUAUAAACAAAAUCCCACCUGUUACAGUUGAAGGAUUGGAAAAGUCAUGUUUUUGGUUAACUCAAAAUGAAAAGGUGAAUAUAUCAAACUAAUAUGAAACAUUGAGGCAAAUAUCUGAUGUUACAUAGAAUGCUUAUUCUAACACUUAGAUACUUGAAUUGGCAAAUUAAGUUCUUUGUAAUUAAGUAAAUUUAAACAAUAUCAGUUAAGAAACAUACUCUCAGAUUCUUGAUUUGGUUAAAUUAUGCUUCUAAUAAUCUAAAUAUAAUGUAGUUGGGUUUAAAAAUAUUUUUUGUUAAAUGGCAUAAAAUUACAUAUAAUUAUAGAUAGCCAAAAGCAAAUAAGGUUAUGAUAUCACAAAAAUUAAAGGCGAUUUAAUUGAAAUUUGUCAGAGAGAGAGUGAUAAAAAGUAUAAUAAUAAUGUCAAAAAUGAAAUUUAGCAAUUUAACCAAUAUAAAUAAGCUCUUAAUAAUGAGUUAAUGUAUUUCUAUGACUUGAUUAUUGAUAUCUAUAAAAAAGAUGAAGAAAUUUAAAAGUAAACAUUAGUCCUUGACCUUUUUUAUGAAAAAUUAUGUGAUCAAUAAAAAGUAAAAAAGAUUUUUACAAAUAAUACUAUAUAGGCUAUUAUAAGGUAGAACUUUUGUAUUCAUAAUAAGCAGGUUCAAAAUGCAUGCAAGAAACUAUAGAUAUCAAAUCCUCAUUCAAAUAGAUAGUUUUAUUAAGUAGCUAUAAGACCAAGCAUUUAAUAAUUAUGCAGAGAACUAAAUGUUAAAGAAUACACAGAACCACUAGAGAUAAUACUUUAAAUGGAGUUUAUUAAUCAAUUUAAACAAAAAGUUGAGUAAUAAAAUGUUAUGAUUUAAAAGUUAAAUUAUUAAAUAUAGAAUAUUGAGUAUUAAGUUAACUAAAUUAAGGGAACUAGAUUUGCAUAAGUGUAUGAUAUAGAAAGAGUAUAACAGUUGAUUGACAAUCAUAAAACAUAAGUAGAUUAAUUGAAUCAACAAAUCUAGUUGAUUAAGGAAUUGGGAGAUUUUGAUUAUCAACAUUAUUUGAGAGAAAUGGUUAACCAUUUGAAGAAUAAAGGAAUGCUCAAUAAUAUGGACAGUAAAUUUAGCUCACAGUUAUACCAAGAGUUGAAUAAAUACAUGAUAAUGAAGAAAUAUUUUAGCACUUUCUUGAUAGAAUCUAUCAUUUAAGUUUUUAGAUGCAGUCUUAGUUAAAUGUCUAAUCUAUAAUCCAGAAAUAAGAAAAUACUAACAAGCAAAUUAUUAUUGGCGAUAGAAGUUGAAAUUAUUGAUGAGAUAAAAAAAUAUCUGUUUGAAUCAAGGAUAUAGACAUUAGAGAAUAAGAUUGCUAAUUUAAUAAGUUGA